AUGAGACGCAGUUUGGGAAAAAAAGAAAGUAACGAUGAGAAGCUCCAAGAGGUGAAAGUGCCAAAAAUGCAUCCUCGUGAGUUCAUUAAAUUUAAAAUCCCAUUCGUUUCACUUUUACCAUUCUGUCCUAAUGUCAAACAUGCUUUUAAAACUGCCAAACUGCCUAUCGCUAUGUUGACUGUCGUUUCUGCUAGUUUCAGUUCUCGCGGAACCGAUCGUCAGCCGCGGGACCUCGAGGACGAUC